GGGCCGGGGCGGGAGGCGGACCGCCGGGCCGCUGCCUCCCAGCGCCGCUCCUCCCGCUGCUCCCAGUGCCGCCGGGGCUCGCGGGCUCUGCGGCUUCAGCGGGCUGCCGGGGCACGGCCGAGCAUCCUCGGGCCGCCGGGAGCGGCAGGAGGCGGCAGGUGGCCCGGGGCUUGGUGUGGUGCUCCCCCAUCUCCUCGUCCCCAUCUCCUGGGGGUCGGGGACCGGCUGCGGGACCUCCCCCCCCCCCCCGUCCCGUUCCUUUCCUCGGCAGCCCCGAAAGAGCGGGCGGAGAUGCCGGCAACGUGAGCGGGGAGCGGAGCCCCCCGGCCCCAGCCCGGCCCCAGCUCAACAUUCUCUACCUUGGAGGCUUUUUCUCUCCCUUUUGUUGAUAAAGAUGAGAAAAAAGUGGAGAUCGGAGGAUUUUCAUUUUAUCUUUUUUGGUGUGGUCUGUCUCCUUUUCGUAGAUGGAGGUAAACUAGAACAAGUAAAACAUUCAGAUACAUACUGUGUGUUUCAAGACAAGAAGUACCGUGUAGGAGAAAGAUGGCAUCCUUACCUAGAACCCUAUGGACUUGUUUACUGCGUUAAUUGUCUCUGCUCAGAGAAUGGAAAUGUACUGUGCAGCAGAAUAAGAUGCCCGAGCCUACACUGUCCUUCCCCUGUGCAUGUACCACAGCUGUGCUGCCCACGAUGCCCAGAGGACUCCCUUUUCUCAGUAAGCAGCAAAAUAACUGGGAAAUCCUGUGAAUACAAUGGCACGACCUACCAUCAUGGAGAAAUGUUUGUGGCAGAGGGGCUUUUCCAAAACAGGCAAGCAAACCAGUGCGCCCAGUGCAGCUGCUCCGAAGGAAAUGUGUACUGUGGGCUGAAGACUUGUCCCAAAUUAACUUGCUCUUUCCCAGUUUCCGUUCCGGAGUCCUGCUGUCCAGUCUGCAGAGGAGAUGGGGAGUUAUCCUGGGAACAUGCCGACGGGGACAUCUUCCGGCAGCCAGCCAACAGGGAAGCUAGACACUCGUACCACCGCUCCCACUACGACCUGUCGCCCAGCUCUGCCAGGCAGGUGGUCAAUGUUCCACGAUUUCCCAGUGCCAGGAGUAACCGCGGAGUCCUGACAGAUCCCCAGCAAGCAUCCGGAACAAUCGUACAAAUUGUCAUCAACAACAAGCACAAGCACGGACGAGUUUGUGUUUCAAAUGGCAAAACAUACUCCCAUGGUGAAUCCUGGCACCCUAAUCUCCGGGCCUUUGGAAUCGUGGAGUGUGUGUUGUGCACCUGCAACAUCACCAAACAAGAAUGUAAGAAAAUUCAUUGUCCAGAACAAUAUCCCUGCAAAUACCCUCAGAAAGUAGAAGGAAAAUGCUGUAAAGUCUGUCCAGAAGAAGUGCCAAGUCAAAGCUUUGACAACAAAGAUUACUUCUGUGGGAAAGAGACAUUUCCCGUCUAUGAAUCCGUUCUCACAGAGGAAGGAGAAACCAUCAGAAAAAUUGCAGUAGAGACUGAAAAGCCACCCCAAAUAGAAAUACAUGUGUGGACAAUUAGAAAAGGGAUUCUGCGCCACUUCUACAUUGAGAAGGUGUCCAAGAGGGAAUUUGAAGAACUUCCCUACUUCAAGCAGAUAACAAGGACAACCCCUAGCCAGUGGAAAAUAUUUAGCGAGGGAGAAGCUCAGAUCAGCCAAAUGUGUGAAAGCAGAGUGUGCAGGACUGAGCUCGAGGAUUUGGUAAAGGUUUUGUACCUUGAGAAGUCUGAAAAGGGUCACUGUUAAGGGAGACAGCACUGGAGGGAGAAACACAAGAAAACUUAUGAAAACUUGGAUCUGCAGCUGGACUGCAGGCUUAUUUUGCUUAAGUCAACAGUUGCCCUAAAAACCAAAACUAUAAUGCAGUAAUUAUUCACAUCAUGCACAGCAAAUUUGCUGCUUUAUGUGUAGUGGUCUGUGUCAACCAAUUCAAAUAUCUCCUCCAAAAGACUAGGAGGCUCUGUAUUACUGGUGGAAGAAGGAGAAAGAGAGACUGUACUUUCCCAGAGGUGCAUUUCUUUACAAGUUAAAAAAAGAAAACAGAACAUUUUUAUUAUUAUUAUUUGGCAAGUUAUUCAAAUUAACGAAAAGAAGGACACCUAAUAAAUGUGCAGGAGCUAUGGAGAGCAUUA